AUGCGUUUUUCUGUCGUGAUUCUUAUUUUUAUAUUUGUGUUUUUACCGAAAUCUACAAAAGGGAUUCGAUGGCUUGCGCUACACGAAAGCGUCGGCAACUGGUCGGAGAGCGACUGUAGCGAGGCGCGUCGUAGCGGCUGGUUGUACGGGGUGCAGGCCCGUGUGUGCCGCAGACAGCCGGCCGCUAUGCCGCAUGUUGCCGCUGCUGCACGACUCGCUCGAGCAGCAUGCCUCGCAGCACACGCCGGCGAGAGAUGGAACUGCUCCUCCAUUGAACUGGCUCCCAAGUACACCCCUGAUUUACUUACAGGGACUAGGGAGCAAGCAUAUGUAUACGCGAUGUCUGCCGCGGCUCUGUCAUGGUCGGUAGCGAGGGCGUGUGCCGCGGGAGCCCUGGCCGCCUGUUCAUGUGCCGCGCCACCUCGAGCACCACCAAGACCUCCCAGACAAGCCGCUCCCACCGAACCACAUGCCAGAUUCAAGUGGGGAGGAUGCGGGGAUAACUUUCAGUGGGCCGAAAGAUUCGCGAAACAAUUUUUGGACGCUCACGAAAUAGACGUCCGAGACGGAAGAGUUGAGGAGGAGACGGAGUUGGAACCGACCACGGAACGAACGACUACGACCAGCACUGAACCUACGACCGUACCUCCGGUGGUGAUACUCGUGGAUGACCAGCCGGCGGCCGGGAACACGAGCGUCGCGCCCAGGAGGAAGGGACGGCGAGGAAGGAAACGACUACCACGCUCACCGAGACGAGGACGACCCACCAGAAAAAGGUUCAGAUCUAGAUACGACUACGAGGAGGACAAGGAAAUACAAUACCGAAACAUCGAAUAUCGCAUGGCGGCGGACGACCCGCGGUUCGACCCGCAAGUGGACCUGAACACUCGUCUCCAGUACUUACGACCUCUCAUCGCCUCGGCCAAUCUCAUCAACAACCGCUUCGGCAGAAAGGUGGUGUCUCAAGGUAUGCGUACAAAGUGCACGUGUCACGGUGUGUCAGGUUCGUGUUCAGUUCGUACCUGUUGGCGCUCCUUGUCAUCUCUAUCCCGGGCGGCGAGCGUGUUGUCCCAGCAGUCCGCGCGGGCCGCCGUGCUCCCCGCUCAUUCAUCACCCCGCCGAGCUCACCGUCCUCGCCGCGCCGCUCGUCUUAGAUACGUCACUCCCAGUCCGGAUUAUUGCGAGCCUGACCCGGCCGCCGGCUCGCUCGGAACACAUGGACGACGGUGUAACGCUACCCUGGGCGCGAGCGCGGGCGGGUGUGGUCGUCUGUGUUGUGGUCGCGGUAGACGCGCGCUCCGCUCGUCUCGCCUGGAGCGCUGCCGCUGCCGUUACCACUGGUGCUGCCGCGUCGACUGUCAGCUGUGCCGCGUCACCACCGAAGAUCACUACUGCAACUGA